AAAUAAAUAUAAAAAAAAAAAAUAAGACAGAGGCCAUCCGCAAGUUGCCCCCGAAACUUAAAAGUCUCAGUUGCUCAGGGCACUCGUGCUGCACACUCCAUUAGUUUCUCGGUGUUGUGAACAAGCUCUUAUGGAAUUUAACGUUCUUCAAUAUAUAUAUAUACACCAUUAAAACUAAAAGAGCAUUUUAUACAUUUUAUAUAUCUCAAAUUUGUAUGUGUACAUGUGUCUGAAAUACAGCGUCUAAGAAAAUUGAUAAUAUUUUUUUUUUUUUACACAAGUGUUAGUGUUGGCUUGUUUUCUAAAUUCGUGACUGAAAAUUUUACACUUAAUUUUAUAAAUUAUUAGUUUAAUAAAUUUUUUUUUUUUAUUAUUUAUCAUUUAUUUAUAUUGUUGUUAAUAAUAUUUGUAUUAUGCAAAUUGUGUUAGUGAAUUUUUUUUUACAAAAUUUUCAAAAAAAUCAUCCAACCGGUUUAUCAUUUUUUUUUUUUUCCUAAAUCUUUAAUGUGAGUUUAAUUAUUUAAAUAAAAAUAUAUCAAUUAUUUAUAAAUUAUUGAUAAUAUUUUUUUCAAUUUAAAGUGAAGUGUUGUGUGUGUUUGUGUGUAUGUGUGAUUCAUAAGCUAAAGCAUUGAAUUACAAAUAAAAAUAAAAAAAUAUAAUUAUAAUAAAUAAAAUAAACAAGUGUUAUAUAUUUGAUAGUAAAAAAAAAAAAAAAAAAUUAAUAUACUGGUGCAAGUGUGGGAAAUAUGAAAUAGCCAGUUGACCGGUCUUAUUAUUAUAUUUUUUUAUUUUUUCAUUAUUAUUAUAUUCUUUUUUUUGAGAUCUUUCAUAAGGAGCAAGAAGGGGCGUUCGUGCUCGUGCUCGUUUUCUUUCUAACAAUGGUCGAGUGCUAAGCUAUCAACUCUGACAACAAGCAGUGAAUUUAAUAAAAGAUCCCCCUUAGCAAAUCGUUUUAUAAAUUAUUAUUUUAAUAACAACAAUUUAAAUUUAAAAAAAAAGCAACAGAUUAAAAAUAAACUCAAUGAAAUUGAAGAUGCAAGUGUCAAAAGGAUUAUUAAAUUAAUGAAUUUAAUACAACAAUGAAAAAUGGCUUCAGGAAAUUCUGGUUGUUCUGGUACAUGUUUAUCAGUACCAUCAGUAUCAUCAACACGUUGUGUUAAUCUUGAAUUUCCACCACCACCACCAUAUCCACCACCUAAAAAUGAACAAUUACAUAAUCAACAUAAUGGUGGUAUUGUUGGAGCUGGUGGUGGUAUUAAAAAUUAUCAAAAUUUAAAAAAUACACAAAAAUUAAUUCAAGAUUAUUCAUAUGCAUGUUAUGAGGGUCCUGGACCAAGUAGACCAUACUCAAGUAAUGGAACAAUAUUUUAUCCAAAUUAUAUUAUGGAUAAUCCUGGAUCAAGACAACAUUGGGCUGCUGCAUAUCACCUGCAUCGUAAACCACCUGUUAGGGAUCCAUCUAAACGACACACAUACGUUACUCGAUAUGGAACUGAAGAAAAUAUCUACGAGGAGAUAACCGAGAUCAGCAGACAAUGCCAAAUGGGUAUAUCAUCGUCAAGACGUUCAUUGGUUGCUGAAGAAGUUAGAAGAGUACAAUUUGGCCAUAGACGUAUACUUGGUGAAUUAAAUUUGAGUGUUGAAGCAAUGCUUAUGCCAAGUAUGAAUGAAGAUAAUGAAGAGCAUUGUCAAUUAUCUGAUAAUCAUCAAAUAAAUGAUAGAAAAAAAAAUUCUAGUGCAUUAUUUUUAUGUAAUGAUGAUUCUAUGGCACCAGUUGGUUGUGAUUUAGAUAGUGGUUUUAGUGGUAGCUCCAGUGCCAGUUAUAGAUCGGGACUUGGUUCACUCAGACGAGACCUUGGUAAAAGUUCAUUGACCUCAUCAUCGUGUACAAAAUUAAUUGGCAGUACACAUCGUAAAAAUAAAGCAUCAAUGAUAUGGAAAAAAGGAUGGAAAGGAUGGAAAAAGCUAGGUGCAUUUAGUAGUCCAUCAAAAAUUGGUGAUGAGCCAAGAUCGAGGUGUCAAUCUUGGGAUGACGUAGGUGGAACAGCAAGAAUGGAGACAAUAACAAAACGUCAAGAUCAAAAACCUCAACCACAACAACAAAUACAACAACAACAACAGCCACAACAAUCACCACAACAUACAGUACUUGAAGCAACAAAUUCAAAUGCAUCAGGUCAUUCAAUUAAAAGUGAAGAUUCAUGGUGUUCAGCAUCUGAUCAUGAACAUUCAUCAGAUGAUGAAAGUGAAAAAAGUAAUAUUAGUGUUAAAAGUAAUUGUCAAUUACGUAAUACAUUACAUAAAGCUAAAACAUUAUGUGAUAAAUGGAGAUCACAAAAUAUAAGACUGAAUAAUACGACAAAUGAAACACCAAUUGAUAGUGGUGUUAAUAAUCAAGGUAGAUUAUCAAGAUGGUUUAGCAUUAGACGUGGAUCAACACAUCAAUAUGAUAUUGAUUCAUCAUCAUCUGAUACAUCAACUGCAUUAUUAUGUAGUCCAGUUAAACAACAACAUCAACAACAACAACAACAAUCAUCACCUUUAUCAUCAACGCCAAUUCAACAAUCUCCAUCAACACAUAUUUCACCAAUGUCUCGUUUAACAGAGGUUGAAGAGGAGAGUUACGUGACAGGAUCAAGUGUGUCAACGUCAGCUAGUGCUACAGCAAUGAUGCAGUUUCAAUGUAUACAUCAUAGACGUCAAGCACCACCAACAUUACCACCAGCACCACCCAAUCUGACACCACAACAAUUAAAACGACGUCAUAUUGUUGCUGCUAUUGUUCAUUCAGAAAAUAGCUAUGUUGCUACACUACAAAGACUUGUUAAUGAUUAUAAAAAACAAUUGGAAGAAUCAUCACCACCAGUAUUGAGUCAAACUAAAAUAGCAACAUUGUUUCAUCGUUUACCAGAAAUAUUACAGUGUCAUACAUUAUUUAGAAUUGCAUUAGCUGAAUGUGUUAGAUCAUGGGAUAAAGAUGAAAAAUUGGGUGAUGUUUUUGUUGCUAAUUUUAGUAAAGCAAUUGUACUAGAUAUUUAUAGUGGAUUUAUUAAUAAUUUUUCCGUUGCAAUGGAUUUAGCUAAACAAGAAUCUAAAAGAAAAACAGCUUUAAAUGAUUUUUUUAAGGUAAAACAAAUAAGUGCCCAUGAUAGACUUUCAUUUUUUGGAUUAAUGGUAAAACCAGUACAAAGAUUUCCUCAAUUUAUACUAUUUCUUCAGGAUCUUUUAAAACAUACACCACAAGGUCAUGAUGAUCGUAUGUCAUUACAAUUGGCUUUAACACAACUAGAAAGUCUUGCUGAAAUGUUAAAUGAAAGAAAACGUGAAGCUGAACAAUUUCAAGCAUUUAAAGAAAUGUUACGUCAUGUAUCAGGAAAAUUAUCACAUCGUCCACUUUCUUCAUCAUCACGUUAUUUAAUUCGUGAAGAUAAUGUUACACAAUUAGAAUUUAAUCAAAAUGGAAUGAUAACAAAAUCAAAACGUCGAAGAUUACUGCUAUUAAAUGAUCUUGUUGUUUGUGUAUCAGUUACACCAAGAUCAAUUGAUGAUUUUUCAAGUAGUGAAAGAUUAACGCUUAAAUGGACGUAUCCAGUGUCCGACAUUGAGAUUCAAGACACUAGUACAUCACCAACAUUAAGUCGUUUACUCACGGCGGGAUUAAACAAAGGCGGUAGUUUAAAGUCAGAAAAAAGUGGUGGAAUGAAUGAGAGUAGUCAAGCUGGUGCCGACAGUAUUUGUGCUGAGAUGAAUGAUCUUAUGCAUGAUUACGAGGUUGUAUCAAGGAUAAGUGACCUCGUAACACAACUCAAGGGAACAUACGAGGGAAUGACAGUAGCAACAACAAAACAAAUAUUACAAUCAAUACAAUCAUCAAUACAACAAAAAGAUGAAGAUAUGAUAUGGGCUGAUAGUUGUUGUUUACAAUUAAUGACAAAACAAGGACAAAUGUAUACAUUUCAAACAGAUAAUCCAUUAGUUAAAAAAGACUGGAUAACAGAAUUACGAUUAGCACAAUUAGCACUUGAUCCAAAUAAUUCACCAUCAUGGGAAGUACCAGAACAAGAACAACGACCAUCAACAAAAAUGCCAUUAUUUGUUAGUUCACAAUCAGUAUAUCAUUCACAACAUAAAUCAGAAGUUAGAUGUGGUUGUUAUUAUACAACUCAAAAUCCAAAACCAACACGUAGAAGAUCAACAAGAAAUCCACAAUCAUAUUUAUGGAUAUGUACUGGUGAUGGUGUAUCAAGUCAUGUUACUGUAUUUAAUCAAUCAACAUCAACAAAUUCAUCAGCAAUAACAUUAAAAAAAGUUAGUACAUUUGAUUUAUUUGAAACACGUGUUGCUGCUAUUGAAUUUAUACGUGGUUAUGAUAAUACAAAUAAUAAUAAUACAAUAAAAUGUGGUGAUCAAGUAUGGAUGGGUACUGAUUCACGUAAAAUAAUAAUAUAUUCAGCAAGUGAACCAGAAAAACAUGAAGAAAUAUGUAAUUUAACAGUUAAUGGUUCUGUUAUACAAAUUAAAUAUCAUUGUGAUAAUGUAUUUGUUGCACUUGGUAAUGGUACACUUAUUAUUUAUAAACGACAAAUUGAUGGUACAUGGGGAAUAACAUCUGAUACAUCAAUAAUAACAUUGGGUAAUGAUCCCGUAGCUUGUUUAAUGCCAAUAAAUUCAACAGUAUAUGCUGCAUGUGGUAAAAAAGUAUGGGUAUUAUCUGGUUUAACUGGUGAAAUUAUUAAAAAUUUUAGUGUACAACAUGAACAUCUUGGUAAUGUUAAAUUAAUGGCACAUUCAGGUGUUGGUUUAUGGGUUGCAUUAAAAAAUUCAAGUACUGUUUGUUUAUAUCAUACUGAAACAUUUAAACAUUUACAAGAUAUUAAUAUUGCAUCAAAUAUAUUAAGAGUUACUAAAUCAUCAAUACUUGAUAAAUUAUCAGCAUCAUCAUCAUCAAAUAACUGUAGUAAUAGUAAUGAUAAUAAUAAUUCACAAUUAAGUGUAACAGUUACAGCAUUAAUGGCAUGUAAAGGUUUACUUUGGGUUGGUACAAAUGUUGGUAUUAGUUUAACAAUACCAUUACCAAGAUUAGAAGGUGUACCAAUAAUAAGUGGACGUGUUAAUAUAUCAUAUCAUGCACAUUUUGGACCAAUAACAUUUCUUCUUGCAAUACAAAAUAAUAAAAAUUGGAUAACAAGUGGUAAAGAUGAACAAAUUAUAAAUAAUAAUGAUCAAGAAAUUGAAUUACAACAAUUAAAAAAUCAACAAGCUGAAGAUGAAACAAAUCAACGUAAUCGUACAAAUAGUAUUAUAAAUGAAUCAUCAGCAGCAUCAUCAACAGCAUCAUCAUCAUCAUUUUCAUAUAAUGUUGAUAAAUUAAAACAACAUUUAUCUGGUAGUCCAGUUGCAUUAAGACGUAAACGUAAUAAAGAUAAUGAUUAUCGUGGUUCAAAAACAUUACCACGUGGUUUUGGUGGUGUAUUAUCAAAUAAUACAACAACAAAUGGUUUAUUAUCAACAUCAAUAACAAGCUCACAAAGUUCUGGUGAAAAUUGUGAUGUUUAUGGUUUAUAUAGUGAAUUAAUGCAUCUUAAAGAUUAUGAUAAUGAUAAUAAUUCUGGUAUUGAUCCAAUAUAUGAAAGUUUAAGAAGAAGUGAUCCAGAAUUAGCAGCAAUACCUAAUAAAGUUAAUACAUUAGAUAGAAGAUUAAAAAUGAAAAUAACAAGACCAAGAUCAUUAGAUUUAUCAAAUUGGUCAGUUGAUUCACAUGCUAGUUCAUUAUAUACAUCAUCUGGUUCUGAAGAAAAUAUUAAUAAUAAAAAUGGUAAAUUAUCAAGAAAUAGUAGUACAACUAGUAGAACAAUUAGAACAACAUUUAAUUUGGAAGUACCAAAUACAAAUAGUAAUAAUAAUAUUAUUAUUAACAAUAACAAUAAUGAAAAUAAUAAUACUCAAGUUAGAAUAUUGAAUAAUAAAACAACUGGUACAACUAAAAGAAUAAACAUCAAUAGCAAUAAUAGCAACAACAACAACAAUAAUAAUGGUAAUAGUAAUAGUAAAACACAACAACAAAUUGAACAACCUAAACGUACUGUAUUAACAUUAAUGGGUGGACGUGGUUAUGUUAAUUGGCGACAACUUAAUACUUCAAAUCAUCAACAACAACAACCAUUUUUAUCAGAUAAAAAUACCAAGGCUGCUGCUUACAAAGAACCAAAUAGUAAUGAUGCACAUAUUGUCUUGUGGGAAAUGAAAUUAUGAUGACUUGAAAAUAUUCAUUUAGAAUUUAAGGUUUUUUUUUAAGCUAUUAUUAUUAUUAUUAUUAAAAAUGAGAUGUAAUCUCAAUUUUAAUAAUAGAUUUUUUUUUUUAUAUAUUAUAUAUAUAUAUUAAAUUUAUUAAUGAAUCUCAGUUAAUUUUAUUAUUAUUAUUUUUUUUUUUUUGCGAUAAAUUAUCUCGUGCCUUCAGUCAAGUUAAAGAUAUAUAUAUAUUUUUUUUUUAUUAUUGCUACUUACAGAUAGCUCGUUAAUAAUUUGCAGUUAAAAUUUCUAUUUUUUUUUUUUUUUUUCAUUGAUUUAUGCAUUCCGGGAAAAAUAAAACAAUUUAUGCAAAAAAAAAAAAAUGAUAAAGAUACGUACUGAGAGUGUUUGUACGUGAUAAAUGAAAAAAAAAUUAAUUAAAUGAUAGACGAUCAGCCAAAGAGACGGGGAUGAAUGAUAAACAAGGACAAAUAUGUCUUUUUAUAUAUAAAUAUAAAUUAUAUAUCUGUAUAAAUAUUCAACGAUUG